UUAGGGUUUUGCUGUAGGUUGUUAAAUAGUGAUAACCAUGCAAAAACAACACACGCUUUCUUCUGGCUUUCAUCCCAAACGCCUGCUUUCACACCUUCUUCUUCAAUGGAUCGUAAACACCUUAAACAAUCAGUCAGCAACCAAACCGACGUGUCGACCACACUCGCAACCCACCUUCUCUCCAAGAAACACAACACCAACGUUGUUUUCUCCCCCCUUUCCAUCCAUGUCGCCCUGAGCGUGUUAGCUGCAGGUUCCAAAGGUCAAACACUCGACCAACUCCUCGCUUUCCUCAAAACAAAUACCACCGAUAACCUCAACUCUCUUUAUUCACAGCUUAUGCCCUUGAUCUUCACCGAUGCUAGGCCUAGAGGCGGCCCUCGAGUGUCUUUUGCCAACGGGUUUUGGAUUGACAAAUACCUUUCUCUCAAACCUUCUUUCAAACAGGUUGUGGACAACGUUUAUGAAACCGAAUGCAAUCAAGUCGAUUUCCAAAACAAGGCAGAGGUGGCCCAUGAACUGAAUGCAUGGGCGGAAGAGAAAACAAAUGGCCUUAUCAAACAAGUUAUUACUGCUGAAGAAGUUAGCAAUAUCACAUGGCUCAUCUAUGCAAAUGCAAUCUACUUCAAGGGAAUAUGGAGGGACAAGUUUGAACCGUCGAUGACGAAAGAAUACGACUUCCACCUCCUUAAUGGCAACAAAGUUCAAGUUCCGUUCAUGACCAAUUUUGCAAAAAAAUCCGUGGGUGUAUACGAUGAUUUCAAAGUGCUUCGCCUUCCCUAUUUACAAGGUCGCAAUGAACAAGAGUUCUCUAUGUACUUUUUCCUCCCCAAUGCAAAAGAUGGCCUUCAGUCUUUAGUACAGAAAAUCGGUUCCACACCUGAUUUUAUUGACCGUCACAUUCCACAUGAUUCUGUAAUAACCCCGCGGUUUUUGAUACCUGUGUUUAAGAUCUCAUUCGGGUUAGAAGUUUCUGGUAUGUUGAAGGAAUUAGGCCUUGUAUUGCCUUUCAGCGGUGGAGAUGGUUUGAGCGAAAUGGUUGACUCAUCUGAUGGUCAAGGUGUUUAUGUUUCGAGGAUCAUCCACAAAUCUUUUGUGGAGGUGAAUGAAGAAGGUACAGAAGCAAUGGCCUAUUUGAUGGAGAUGAUGUGCGGUUCAGCACAAACUCCUCCGGAGUAUGAUAAGGUGGAUUUUGUGGCGGAUCACCCGUUCUUGUUUGUGAUUAGAGAAGAUGAGACUGGGGUCGUGUUGUUUAUGGGACAAGUGGUUGACCCUCGUGUUGAUUGAUUGGUAGUUGGAAUUUUGGGGGUUUUUUUUCUUUCUGCAUGAUGUUUGGUGUUUUGAUUUUUGGACUAAUAUUCAAGCUCUGGAUCUGU